AUGACCAUCAAGCCCAGAACUGAUCGUCCCGUCGCGGUCAUCGGAGGCGGCGUCCUCGGCCGCCGCAUUGGCUGUAUCUUCAUCGCGGCCGGCUACAACGUUAACAUUCGGGAUCCCUCGCCGGCGGCUCUCCACGAUGCCGCAGAUUACAUUGACACCCACAAGGUUGAGUUUUCCUUGAUGCCGCGCAUUCACAAGGAUCGCGAGAGCUCCGUUUCCCAGGUUGCUCAGGUUGAUCUCGAGACGAGCACCUCCGCGCCGUUCGGCAUCUGCAAGACUUUCACUGAGAUCGAGCCGGCUGUUGCCAAUGCUUGGUUGGUCAUUGAGGCUGUGCCUGAAAUCUUGCAGUUGAAGAUUGAUACGCUGGCCGAAUUGGAUAAACUCGCUCCUAAGGAUUGCUUGAUCGGCUCCAACAGCUCGUCGUUCAAGUCGAAACUGAUGCUUGUGAACGUUGCUCCCGAGCGAUACGAUAAAGUCUUCAACAUUCACUUCACUAUGCCCCCUGCUAUCCGAACUGUCGAGCUGAUGACCUCCGGCCACACUGAUCCCAAGGUGUUCCCUUACUUGGAAGACGUCUUGGGCGAGUGCGGCAUGUUACCUGUGACUGCUCGUCGCGAAUCCACCGGAUUCAUUUUCAACCGCCUGUGGGCUGCAAUCAAGCGCGAAAUCAUGCACAUCCUCUCUGAGGGUGUCAGCGACCCCAGAGAAAUCGAUCUCCUCUGGGAACAUAUGUUCAAGAACGGCCCCCUACCCUGCCAACUGAUGGAUCAGAUCGGCCUCGACACCGUCGCCUUCAUCGAAGACAACUACAUUCAAGAGAAGGGAUACGACGCCGGCCCUACCGUUGACUGGCUGCGCCGUGAAUACAUCGAGAAAGGACGAAUCGGGAAGAAGAGCGAAAAGGGCGGCCUCUACCCUCCCCUCCCCAAAUCCUCCGAAGCCAACCCGGCCAACUCUCCCAGCGCCAGCGCCGUCAAAGACAUCUACCUCCUAGACGUCGGUCUCGGCGGCAAUGCCAAAGACGUGUCGCAAGUCCACUCGAAUGGCAAGAUCCUGCGUCUGAACCUCGCUACCCAGAAAUUGACACCAGUCAUGGUCGGUCAGAGUCUACCUGACGGUAUCGACGUGUCACCGUCGAUGAAGCGCAUCUUCUGGACGAAUAUGGGCCGCAGCACGGCCAGCUGCGAUGGGUCGGUCUGGUCGGCUGAUUUAGAUGGCGGUGAUGUCAAGUGUCUGGUCCCCGCCGGUGACGUCCACACCCCCAAGCAGAUUGCAGCUAUCGAGUCCCGGAAGCAGAUCUACUUCUGUGACCGGGAGGGCACCGGCAUCCAUCGCUGUGAUUACGAUGGCGGCAACCAUGUCGUCCUGGUGCAGCGUCGUGUAGAUCCCGGUACGAGCUUGUUGGAUCAGAUGACGAAUUGGUGUGUGGGUGUUGCUGUCGAUGACCAGCGCGGUCUCAUUUACUGGACUCAGAAGGGUCCUUCCAAGGCUGGUCGCGGCCAGAUCUUCUGUGCUAGUCUGGAUAUCCCCGCUGGUGAGACUGCCGAGACUCGUACCGAUAUCAGGCAUCUGUUCAAUAAUCUGCCGGAGCCUAUUGAUAUCGAGCUUGAUACGGCGACUCAGACUUUGUACUGGACGGAUCGCGGUGAGCACCCUCUGGGUUGCACGCUGAACCGCGCUUAUGUCGGUGGUGAGGAUGUGGAUAUGGAAAAGGUUAUCUUGGCGCGUCACUUCCACGAGCCCAUUGGUCUCAAGUUGGAUAAGGCCAACAAGGUUGUUUAUGUGGCUGAUCUCGGCGGUAGCUUGUACUCGGUUUCGCUGGAGGAUGGAGUCAAGACCGAACUUGUGCGCAACGAUGCCUGCUACACUGGUCUGACUCUUGUUUGA